GCCACAUAGGCCUACUAUAAAAGAUCAUCAUGCCAGCAUAACAAGGAACUCUUUCUAAUUCUUGCUAACUGGUGAAGGAUCAUCUUUAAAAUCCCAAUUCUCCCCUUCAAGCUUCCUCCUUCCCUUUGCUCAACCCACUUCCAUUGUCAUGGAGCCACAGGAAAACAAGAGACUCCAUUGUCUGCCUCAUGCAAACUAGUUUCAGAAUCUUCUCACUCUCUCUCCUUCUGUAGCCAACCUCAACAUUCAAGCGCAAACCAUGAAGUCCACAGGACACCCUCUAAACAUUGCAAAUUUUUCUCGAAAUCAAGAAGCCAACUCAAGUUUGUUCAAUAGAUCAUUCUCAUCCAACUCCCCUAUCCAUUUCCCAAUCCAUAUGUUAUCUCCACACACCUCAGCUCUCAAUGCAGACUCUACUCUAAACGAAACAGGUGAUCAACUGGGAAUUUCCCAUGCGAGGAGACUUAAGAGGAUGAUAUCCAACAGGGAAUCUGCUCGAAGAUCUCGUAUGCGCAAGAAGAAGCAAAUUGAAGAGCUCCAAUAUCAGGUUAAUCAUCUCCAAACCAUGAAUCAUCAGCUUUCUGAGAAGGUUAUCAGCUUGUUAGAGAGCAACCACCAGAUCCUCCAAGAGAAUUACCAGCUCAAGGAGAGAGUUUCUUCUUUUCAAAUUGUUCUGUCUGACCUGUUGACACCUAUUAGAAAUGUGGAAGACAGCAUAUGCAACACCAAUUGCCUUCGAGGAGAAACUUCAAAUUGAUCGAUCUAUCAUCAGUACGUACCAUACGUAUAAGGAUGACUUAAGGGGAUUGAAUACAUUGUAUAAAACUAUUUAUAGAGCUGAAUUUGUCACUUAGCUUUCACUUUGUUGUGGUGUUCAGGUAAUGUUAUAUUUAGAGAUUAAUGCCUAGCUCGUUAACAUUUCCCUUGAAAGAAACAGAAAAUUGGAGAAUUUCUGAAAGUAAAAUGAGUGGA